CUUAAUUAAGUACAAAAUAAACAAAAACAGCAUCCAAACAAAUAUCCAAGCCCAGCCCUGUCUGGACAAAAUCAUCUGCAUCUCCCCUUUAUAACAAUUUUCAUCAUAAUUCUUGCAAAUCACAUCCCUUUUAUGUAUUCUGCUGAAACUCUUCCACUUUCAAUUCAUCCAUAAACCCUAGCUAAUUUGGAUAUUAUUUAUUUUUUCUUGUCCAAUAAAUUCUUCUUCUUCAUCAAAGAGAUGAUCUUUUCCCGUAUAAGCCGCUCUUUAUCACGGUCCUCCCGUUCAAGAAAUGUGAUCAAUGGUGUUUGUAAUAGGAGGUUAAAGGAGUUUCUUGUAGCUCCUAGUGUAAAUACAAGUAAUAAUGAGGUUAUGAAUUUGGGGUUCUUGAGGGGUUAUUUAUCUACAAUAAAGGCGAAUCAAGAUCUAAAUUACGCGUUGAGAAACCCCAGAUUGCACAGAUUUUAUUCCAGUGAAGCACCCAAGAAAAAGAAUUAUGAGAACUUUCAUCCGAAACAAAGGAAGGAAGUCCCGGAGCAAAAUGAGCAGAAAUCUCAAUCUAAAGAGGAGUCAAGCACAGGUGAUCAGAGCAAUUUUCAGGAAACUUUUAUGAAGCAUUUUCAGAAUUUGCUCACUCCCCUACUUAUGCUUGGGUUGGUUUUGUCAACAUUUUCCUUCGGUUCCCGUGAAGAGGAAGAGAUUAGUUUCCAAGAGUUCAAGAAUAAGCUGCUUGAACCAGGCCUAGUGGAUCAUAUCGUCAUUUCUAAUAGAUCAGUUGCAAAAGUGUAUGUCAGAAUCUCACCACGUAAUCCAAGUACAGGUGAUGCAUUUGAAGAACAAGAUGGUGAAAGGCCUAUUAGGGAUGAGCAUGCUGGGAAAAGCACAAGCAAGUAUAAGUACUAUUUUAAUAUUGGAAGUGUUGAUUCUUUUGAGGAGAAGUUGGAGGAAGCCCAAGAAGCGCUAGGAAUUGAUUCCCAUGAUUUUAUUCCUGUUAAAUAUGUUUCUGAAAUGGUAUGGUUUCAUGAACUUAUGAGAUUUGCACCAACAUUGUUGCUACUGGGAUCACUGAUGUUUAUGGGCCGGAGAAUGCAAGGUGGCCUUGGUGUUGGAGGUGGAGGUGGAUCAGGUGCCCGUGGAAUAUUCAAUAUAGGCAAAGCACCUGUUACAAAAGUGGAUAAGAACGCAAAGAACAAGGUUUAUUUCAAAGAUGUUGCUGGCUGUGAUGAAGCAAAACAGGAAAUUAUGGAGUUUGUGCACUUCCUCAAGAAUCCCAAAAAAUAUGAAGAUCUGGGAGCCAAAAUUCCAAAAGGUGCUCUCUUGGUAGGCCCUCCUGGAACGGGAAAAACACUCUUGGCAAAAGCUACUGCUGGUGAGUCUGGUGUGCCUUUUCUAUCGAUAUCUGGGUCCGAUUUUAUGGAGAUGUUUGUUGGUGUUGGCCCUUCAAGAGUUAGAAACUUGUUUCAAGAGGCAAGGCAGUCUGCCCCUAGCAUCAUAUUUAUUGAUGAGAUUGAUGCCAUUGGUCGGGCAAGGGGACGUGGGGGUUUCUCAGGAGGUAAUGAUGAGCGUGAAAGCACACUUAAUCAGUUGCUGGUAGAGAUGGAUGGUUUUGGAACAACUUCUGGAGUGGUUGUUCUGGCUGGUACAAAUAGACCAGAUAUUUUGGACAAAGCCUUACUAAGGCCUGGACGGUUCGACCGACAAAUUAGCAUAGAUAAUCCUGAUAUCAGAGGCCGUGAACAGAUAUUCCAGAUCUACUUGAAAAAAAUCAAGCUGGAUCAGGAACCGUCAUUUUACUCUCAAAGACUUGCAGCCCUUACUCCAGGAUUUGCUGGAGCAGAUAUUGCUAAUGUUUGCAAUGAAGCUGCAUUAAUUGCCGCGAGACAUGAGGAGACUCUAGUGAAGAUGCAACAUUUUGAUGCAGCUAUAGAUAGAAUCAUUGGUGGACUCGAGAAGAAAAAUAAGGUAAUUAGCCAACUUGAACGACGGACAGUAGCUUACCAUGAAUCAGGUCAUGCUGUUGCUGGGUGGUUCUUAGAACAUGCAGAACCAUUGUUGAAGGUGACAAUUGUUCCCCGUGGUACUGCAGCCCUUGGCUUUGCUCAGUACGUUCCUAAUGAGAAUCUUCUCAUGACAAAGGAGCAGCUCUUCGAUAUGACUUGUAUGACACUAGGUGGUCGGGCAGCAGAACAGGUUUUAUUGGGUAGGAUUUCAACAGGAGCUCAGAAUGACUUGGAGAAGGUUACAAAAAUGACAUACGCCCAGGUUGCAGUUUACGGUUUCAGUGAGAAAGUUGGCCUUCUUUCGUUUCCUCUGAGGGAUGAUGGAUUUGAAAUGUCCAAGCCCUACAGCAACAAGACGGCUGGAAUUAUUGACAGUGAAGUAAGGGAAUGGGUAGGCAAAGCAUAUGAAAAGACGGUCCAAGUAAUAGAGGAACACAGGGAACAAGUGGCUCAGAUUGCUGAGCUACUGCUUGAGAAGGAAGUACUUCACCAAGACGACUUAGUCCAAGUGCUUGGUGAAAGGCCUUUCAAAGCAAGUGAAAUGACUAAUUAUGAUAGGUUCAAGCAAGGGUUCCAAGAGGAAGCUGAGAGGAUUGUGGAAAAUAAAACCGCAGAUGACGAUGUUUCAUCUACCCUUGAACCAGAUGUUGUCCCUGCAUAACUUAAAAUGAGACCUGUACAAUGAACAUACUCAUAAGAGCCGACCCUCGGGUUCCAUGACAUCCCUGCAGACACUCUGGCAGACUGGUCAAUCAAUUAUUCUGCUCUCUGAUGCAGAACAUGCUGCUGCUACUAAAAUAAUUCAAGAGAGGUAUUGAAGCUAUCAAGAGCUGGAAAACGCGAUAUUUCAGGCCUCCAUUUUAACAAGGCCUUUUACACGAACAAAAUGGCAAAUGUAUAUUGAUUGUUGAUGCACUUGAUUUGGUGUACAUCUACUAAAGGUAAGUUAUAUUGUAUUUGCCUUUUCUUUUCCUUCCAUUUUUAGUGAAUAAUUUUCGGGUUGUUUUGAGAAUCUAAAGGCAAAUCUUGACAUUACUAUGAUGA